AUGGCAUCCAUCUCCCCCAAAGAAGCCCGUUCAGUGGUGAUAACCAUCGACGACGAUGCCACCCCACUCGGCGAAACGGACCUCGCAAUCCGCGAGCUCCAGGCCGUGGCAAAAGAAGGCGUCGCCCUCGGCGCCGGCCUCGCCGCAAUCCUGCUCCAGAUUGCCCACCCCCUGGUCGGCCAAGGCGUGGCGGACCACAGCACCUUCGCCUCCCGCACAAUCAGCCGGACGCAAUAUACGCAGAUGUACAUCUUCACGAUGAUAUUUGGGAGCGACGAAGAGAAAGCCGCGAUGAAGAAGUGGGUCGAUGAGGCGCAUUCUCGCGUUAAGGGAGAAGUUGCGAGUGGACAACGAAAGAGUGAGGCGUACGAUGCGAUGAAUCCCGAGUUACAGUUGUGGGUUGCAGCGACGAUCUACGCGAGUAUGGUGGGGAUGUACGAGAAGGUCUAUGGAGAGCUGCCGCCGCUGAAGGCGGAGCUUGUGUAUCAAGCAUUUGCAUGCAUGGGGACCUCACUGCAGGUUCCAAGGGAGAUGUGGCCGGCUGACCGAAGGGCGUUCAAGACCUACUGGGAGGAUGUUGUGACCAACCAGUUGGAGGUCACGGCGGAUGCGCGCGGCGUACUGAAUGAGCUCUUCCAUCCAAAGGGACUGCCGCUGUGGGCGAAGCCAUUUGCUUGGAUGCUGCUGCCAAUUGUCCGGCCGGUGACGAUUGAGCAGUUGCCGCCGAAUGUGCGCGAGGGGUUCGGGCUCAAGUCUACAAGGAGGACGAGGGCGGUUACGGCGCUUUUUAUGAGUACAGUUGCAGCACUGGCAGAAGAGUUAUUCCUUAAGGUUGCUGAAGAAGAGAAUGAGGAAGCGGGGAGGGAAGCUGGUAAAGUUGUAGCAUCGUCUCGUGGAUAUACUAGGGCUUACUAG